UAUCUUAUAUCUGACAGUGUUGGUCCAUAUUUUAGUCCAUCAGACGUCUCUCCUUCUCAGCAGACUCCCCCAGCAAUACAAGAAAUCAGUGCUGAUGAUUAUGGUACUUCAAGGAGAGCACCUCAACACCAAAUCCCCCUUAAAGAAGGAUCAGAGGGAGGGAGGGAGAGUCUACAGGAUGACAGCUAUUCGUUGUUCUACCUUUAGUCCUUUUCUUUUUGCCGAAGCAAUGAAUGAACUUGCAAUAUAUAUUCAAGAUGUGGUUCAUUUGGAUGUUUUGAGGCCAUUAUCCCUUUCACCAAUGAUGGAGGGAACUUUGGCAGCUGGAGAUAGUGGGGACUCUACUUCAUCCCAAUCAGACAGUAGUCGAGAUUACGAGUCCAUGGUCAAGUCACAUCACCUUAACUUCUCUGGCCGCCGCAGCUUUAUGUCCAAAGCAGUUCAUCCUUUGUCCUUUCCAUCAGAAACACCCACUAGAGAAGCUGCUUGUGUCACCGCUGCUCGGCUGUCAGAAUUUGAUGUCAUUACUCCACCAGAAGAUAGACAUAGUUCGACUGCUAGUGGUUGUGCUGAACUGACUGAAAUAUCUGAGCCCUUGGAUUAUGAUCUUUUUAAUAGAUCAUGUAGUACAACAGAUUGUUUCAGAUGUGGAUUGUGUGAGAGGUUCCUUUCACAGAGAUCUCCUUGGAGUUCUAAAAGGAUUGUCAAAAGUGCAGACAUGCCAGUUUCUGGAGUCCUUUCAUGUAGUCAUGCAUUCCAUGCGGAGUGCUUGGAGCAAAUAACACCAAAGGCAUUUAAGAAUGAUCCUCCAUGCCCCAUGUGUGUCAAAUUUGAAGAAGAAAAUUCUCCCGAUCAGCGAGUUUUUUCUAGGUCAAGAAGUAGUUUCCCUCAUCUGAAACCUUAUUGUGAAGAUGGGUCAUCCAAGCCUUGGGGCUGUGCACAUGGUGGUGAUUGUGUUGAAGGGGCUUUGCACACACCUGCUUGCAAUAAAUUACUGUCACUUAAUCGUAAUCGAUUUAGAAAAAACCUUUUCUUAAAGAGCAACCCAGGUCGGAAAUUCCCAGGGAAGUUAAGCAAAAGUGGCCCAUCUUCUCCAGAGCUGUUCAGAUCAGUUGGGCAUGGAGUUUCUGGUUCCUCCUCAACAACAGAAGAUUCGGGUUUGAAGUGAUGCCAAAGAACUGUAUAGAGACGGGUAUGGUUAAGGGGUAGAUGAUCUUCCUAUCUGCUGUUUGAUUCUGAGUCUUUAAUCGGUCAGAUGUGUGAUGAAACAGAUUUGGCUAUUCAGUCAUGUUGUUUGUAGUGUACUUUUAGCCUAAUUUAUUAAUCUGAGAACGUGGUUUUAUCGGUAAAAAUGGCCCAAGAGUUUCAUUUUCUUGCAACUUUUCCUCCUGUAUCUCAAUACUUAGCAGCUGCCCAAGUAUGCUGAUGAUAUAUUGUGCUUUUAUGCUGACGUAAUUCAGUCGACGCCU